GUCAGACACUCAGAGGGAUUUGGCUCUCCUUUUGAAGCCUGCAUAUCUUCAGUUCUCCUCUGCUCAGAGUUGACAACCUUAACCACUGCAAACAUGUACAGGAAGGCACAGUCAGUUACAAGCUACAGUAGCGGCACCAGGAGGUCCCAUGCAGGACCAGGCUCCGUGUACUCCGUAACAAGAACCAGCUAUGGUGGUCUUGGCUCCACCGCUGGUGGUAAUUAUGGUAUGUCUUCAUACAGUGGUUCUGGUGGUCUUGGCUUUUCUUCUGGCCAGACAUCAGGCGCUUUCAUCAGUGCACCCAUCACAGCUGUCCAAGUCAACAAGAGCCUGCUGGCCCCUCUGAAUCUGGAUAUUGACCCCACCAUCCAGGCUGUCCGUACCCAGGAAAAGGAGCAGAUCAAGACCCUCAACAACCGCUUUGCCUCCUUCAUCGACAAGGUCCGUUUCCUGGAGCAGCAGAACAAGAUGCUGGAGACCAAAUGGAAACUCCUGCAGGAACAGACCACCACCCGCUCCAACAUCGAUGGCAUGUUCGAGGCCUACAUCGCCAACCUGCGCAGACAGCUCGAUGGACUGGGCGGUGAGAAGGUCAAGCUGGAGGGAGAGCUGAGGAACAUGCAGAACCUGGUUGAGGACUUCAAGAAGAAGUAUGAAGAUGAAAUCAACAAACGUGCAGCUGCAGAGAAUGAGUUUGUGCUCCUGAAGAAGGAUGUUGAUGCUGCCUACAUGAACAAGGUAGAGCUGGAGGCCAAAGCUGAUGCUCUUCAGGACGAGAUCAACUUCCUCAGAGCCGUCUAUGAGGCUGAGCUUCGUGAGCUGCAGAGCCAGAUCAAAGAUACCUCUGUCAUCGUGGAGAUGGACAACAGCCGUAACCUGGACAUGGAUGCCAUUGUGGCUGAAGUGCGUGCUCAGUACGAAGACAUUGCCGCCCGCAGCAAGGCUGAAGCAGAGACCUGGUACAAACAGAAGUAUGAGGAGAUGCAGAGCUCUGCUGGCCAGUACGGUGACGACCUGCGUGCAACCAAGGCUGAGAUCGCUGAGCUGAACCGCAUGAUCGCUCGUCUUCAGAAUGAGAUCGAGGCAGUCAAGGCACAGAGGGCUAGCCUUGAGGCUCAGAUCGCAGAGGCUGAGGAACGUGGUGAGCUUGCAGUGAAGGAUGCCAAGCUUCGCAUCAAGGACCUGGAGGAAGCUCUCCAGAGAGCCAAGCAGGACAUGGCCCGCCAAGUGCGUGAAUACCAGGAGCUGAUGAACGUCAAGCUGGCCCUGGACAUUGAAAUCGCCACCUACAGAAAACUGCUGGAAGGAGAGGAGGACAGACUGGCUGUCGGAGGAGGCAAUGCAGUCAUCCAUGUGCAGCAGACCAGCAGCUCAGGACUGUCCAGUAGUGGUGGUUAUGGCUAUGGUGGAAGCACAUCCUUCAGUGGAAGCAGCGGCUAUGGUGGAAGCAGCGGCUAUGGUGGAAGCAGCGGCUAUGGUGGUACUGUCACCAAGUCCACAGUCUCAACAGUCAGUUCCAGAAGAAUCAUUUAAAAAGGAGAGCCAUCCAUCUUCCCCUUCAGAAACUCCUGAUUUUUUUCUAAAUCUCGACCCAUUUGUGGUGCUAUGCAAUACUGUUAAAUGUGUUCUGUAAGAGAUCUGAACAUCUCAAAAAUCAGAUUACUAAAAUAUAAGCGUUUCUGAAGGUAAACCAGGUCAAUGUGCAAGGCUAAAGUUUUCAUUUUCUUUCUGCACUGACUUCCAAAGAUAUAGAAACAAAGAAAAAAAAACCCAAACAUUUGCAUGAAGUGUUAAAACUAAGCUAGGAAAGAAUUUGAAGAUAUGUACUCAAUGGAGAAAUACAAAUUUGUUUGCCCUAACAUGUUUACAGUUAACUUUUGAACAGAUUGACUACUGACUUGCUCUUUCUACCAGCUCUGCAAAAUAUUUCCUUGCUUAGUUUUGCCCUUUCCCUCAAGAAAAAACUAUGUUGAAACCAGAUUUAUUUUGUUUCUUAGCGACAUGACUGUUGCAGGAUAUGACAUCAAAUAAAAUAAAAUAAGUCUGAGACCUAAAA